CCGCAGUGUGACAUGAAUAGUAAUUGUGAAUGCGCGGUCGGUUCGUCCGUCCGCGCACUGCGUGACAGCUGGAUGGGGCCGGUAGGGGGACUGUACCCCGACUGACCGGUAUGGCGGCUCAGUGGAGAUGGUUCCACCGCUCCUAUAAAACCGGACUGUCCGCCCAGGCAGCCACCAGUGCUGUCCAGGAGUCCACGUGUGUGUGUUUGCUGCCCAUCUCAGACAUUGACCGUGUCAUGAAGCUGCUCGUUCUGGCGUGUCUGGCUGCCGUGGCCCUCGCCCGGCCUCAGGAGUUCUUCUCUGACGCCGAGAGGGAGGCCAUCCGCGACCGCGACCGUUUCGCCGAGAUCACCAGCUUCGAGAACCAGCAGACCCAGGACGGCGGCAACGUCAAUUCGUUCACGGCCACCAACGGCCUGGAGCGCCAGGAGGAGAUCCGGCUGCAGGAGGUCCGCGUCAUCAACGACGAUGGGCAGGAAGAGCUCCGCCUCGUGCCCUUCUACACCGGGUCCUUCACGUUCCCGAACCCCGACGGCACCUUCACGACCCGGCGGUACUACACCGACGAGACCGGCAUCCACUUCGAGGGCGACGACCUGCCCGUGGCGCCCCAGGCCUUCUAGAGCGGCGUCCCUGCAGGCCUUCUAAAUCGACACUCACCAUUUCAUCCGCACCAUUCUCACUCCGCUUUCGCCAGCCAGCCCACAAAACGAUAACGAUUAUCUCGUGGCAAGUGUCAGCACUCAGCGAUCAAACGGCGUGGUGAUCCCAUUACUUGUUCAUGUGAAGCAAUACAUGUUUAUUGUUAUUA